AUGAUCAGCAGAAUAGUUCUAAAACUGAUAAUGCUACAGAGCAUUCUUGCAAGAGUCAAUAUGGAAGAAAUAAAGACAGUGAGUGAGACCUUUAUUGGCGAGAAGCAGGAUGUGAUUAUUAACCCAAUGGGCCCAUUGAAUCUACAGCGCGGAUAUAUUGUGCAUCAAGGGGGAUACAUGCACAACAAACGAUUUUAUUCCCAUGAAAUAGAUACAGACUAUGGACUUUAUAAGAACGGACUAUCUAAUGAAAACAAACAAGAGUACAACUUUAUGAGAACACCAGUGAAUGACAAAGUAUACGAAUGCUUGGAUAAAAAAACCCCAAAAGGAAAGUAUAUGAGCACUUAUCACGAAAUGCUUAUAAAGAUGUUCCCUUCAAUGGAUGAAAACCUUUCUAUUGAGAUAGAUAGAUCCAACGCACUUACAAACUUCUUAAGAGCAGAUCAUGUCAAGAAGGAUGCUAAAUAUAUUCUUGCUGCGCUAUUACUUCUCUCAGAGGGUGUUGAUAUUAAAAUAGCAGUAGAGAGCACAGAAGAAAAAAAGAAGCUUGUCAUAAAAAGUAAAACAUGCAAAGAGAAAGAGUUUGUGAAUAUAGUGAUGCAUACUACAGGUAUAGAUCCAGUUACAAAUAUGUACAGUGACAGUAUCUACCAAAGUGAGGCUGCUGAAAUUGUCGACUUCUAUCUGCAGUGCAGAGACAAUCCUCUGAUAAAGAAAGGAGGCAAGUUUGCAAUGCCAACCACGAAAAAAGAGUUUGAGAGUGGAAAGUUUCUGAACAAUGCAGCCUUCCUUAUACAGACAUAUAUAUAUGAGUUCAUUGAGACAGCAGAAAGCUAUAAGGACUUUGUGAAUGCAGCGCAUGAACUACUGGUUGAUCAAGUAGCUGAAAAGGAGAAUCUAGCAAAUACUAAGAAGAAAAGCAAGGAGGGCAAAAUAUUUGAUGAGCUUUUCAUAGCAAAAGAAGCACUCAGUGAAAACAAAAAGUACAUUGAAUCAUUCUGUGACUUUGUUCAGGCCACAAAUGAAAGUAUCAAACUUCCCUUCGGCAGUGAUAGUCAGUUGCCAAGGUACACUAGAGUGCCACAAUGCAAACUAGACAAGACUGGCUUUGAGCUAGAUCAAUCCUUAUAUUAUAGUGACUGUGUAGAGUCAGCCCUUCUUGGACUUUUCAGCUGCCUGGCGUAUAGUCAAAAGACAAAAAAGUACAAAACCAGCCACAUGGGAGAAGGAAUAAGCAAAGAAUUGAAAAACUUCUUUAAAAAGUAUCCUAGACCAGCUGAAAUCAUUGACUCUGAAAUGCACAAAGAGUGGAGCAGAGUUGUUGCAUGUCUGGACAAUGACAAGAUUGACUAUAAACAGAAUAAGAAUGAACUUAUAGCUGGGGUUGGGAAUAUAUUCCUUGCUAUAUCAGAAAUAACAGGGCAGAAGGAAGAGAUACUAGAGCUAGUUGAGUAUAUAGAGAGUAUAUGCAAGAAAGGUGAAUUAAAUGAUGACGAGAGAUGGGAAAUUGAAGCUAAGAUAAAGUCAAUUAUCAAAUCUUUGUUACCCAGUAAGAAUGUGGAAGUAAGUUGCGAGCAGGCUAGACUUGGGACGAGAUCAAAUGGCAAGGCAGAUAUUUUUGCUAAAAUUUUUAUUAUUCACAAUAUCAACAACGAACCUACUGGAUUUACUUUGAAUAUAACACCAGGGUAUGCUAAUAUUUCUCUUUUUUCAACUUCAGAAGAUAACUUUGAUUCUGUUAAAGAAGGAUGUGAAGAAAUAAGCAAAGUUUACAGUAAUGUAAACUGUUAUAUGGGGCACCUUAUGAUUCAUUAUGUUUCUAUAGAGUUAGAGUCUUCAGUCUGCGAUAAUAUAGAGUUUUUUAAUAUAACUAAGGAAAUUAUACACUACACUAUGCAUGAAGAACCUGAAAAAAUAUCUAAAACAUUCUUAUUAGGAAGGGUUUUCUUUAGUUUAGCUAAACUCGACACUAUAAGGUUUUUUAUGGAAAAGAUGAUGAAAAAGGGAAAAAGACCAGCAGAGAGUGCAAUACGGUUCACUGGAAAUGUUUUAGGAAGUCUUCAGUUAAAUGAUAAUACGAUGCUGUGGGGUGUGCUAAUGAGAUUCCCAAGUGAUGCAAACAUGCAGGAAUACUAUCCAAGAAUUGCAUCUGAGGAACUCGAUAACCUAUAA